AUGUCGAGCUCUAUGGGAGCGAGGCCCCUCGCGUCGGCUAUGGAUAGCCCGACAUUUGAAGAGGACAGUUCUUUCCAUGUAGAACAACCAGUGGGCUCUAUGUCAAUAUCCCCCUGCGGACGAGAUGUCGUUCUUGCAUCCAAAGAGGGUCUACAUGUCAUUGAUCUGGAUUCACCUUAUUCCCCGCCACGGUAUCUUCCUCACCACACACCAUGGGAGGUUGCCGAUGUACAGUGGUCGCCAUUUGCCGCGCGUGACCAAUGGGUUGUCAGUACAUCUAACCAGAAAGCGUUGGUAUGGAACUUGGCUAUGAAGACAUGGCAAAACUCCAUUGAAAUUGUGCUCCACGCCCAUUCACGCGCAAUUACCGAUAUCAAUUUCUCAGCAUUUCAUCCGGAUCUUCUCGCCACGUGCUCUGUGGACAGCUUUGUGCACUGCUGGGAUUUGCGCGCUCCGGCGCGGCCGGCUGUAUCAUUCUCGGAUUGGUUCACUGGUGCGACCCAGGUCAAAUGGAACCGACAAGAUCCCCACGUUAUCGCGAGUUCUCAUGACCGGUUUCUCCGGAUUUGGGAUGACCGUAUGGGUGCAUACCCGAUCAAGUCUAUCGAAGCCCACAGCACGAAGAUUUACGGCGUUGACUGGAAUCGUGUCCGACGCGGUGCAUUGGUCACUUGCUCUCUAGAUAGAACCGUCAAGUUCUGGGACUACACUACCGAAUCCGAUGUUCCAGAGAAACAGAUUCGAACCCCAUUCCCCGUAUGGCGGGCACGGAAUACGCCCUUCGGAUGGGGCGUACUGGCAAUGCCGCAGAGAGGCAACAAUGAUCUCCACCUUUACAGCCGGCGAGCUGAGGAGGGCUCGAGCCCGGAUGACGAUCUGCCUUUGGUGCAUAGUUUCCCAGGACACAAGGGACAAGUCAAAGAGUUCCUCUGGAGACCGCGCGGAGGAGUUGCAGACGGAAUUGACCACCGCGAGUACCAGCUCGUGACUUGGGGAACAGACAGGGAACUUCGACUUCACAGAGUCAACCCCGAGAUUCUCCAGCGUGUUGGGUACGAGAAGGGCAAGUCCUUUAUCUCCACACGAGGUGUGACACGGCUUGGUGCUGUGUAUCGGAGUUUCCGUGAUGUCAAUUCAGAUCUGGAAAUUGAUGACAUUGACACGGCUUCCUCAGUUGGGGCCCAGAACCAGAACACUGCAACGGGUACCGGAAUGAACGCUAUCACUGUUCCUCAUGCUCGUGGCUGGAUUAAAGGAGGCCACGUCGAUCGAGUUGGGAUGCAACCGAGGGCCAAUCUGAGAGCUGAUACCAAUCCAAUUGCUUGGAUGCGAGGCGUGAAGAUCUCGGGUUGGGAUAUUGAGACCCUGGGAGAUGAAAUUAGCCAUGUCGGCGAGAAGUUCACCAAGGUUGCCUUUGAUUCGGUUGAUGUUCGCCAAAGAAAAAUUACCAUUUCUCUCAAUGGACCCUGGGGUGCCAACGGCGCCUCAUUGUUCCUUAAAGUGGACAUUAAAUUCCCGGUCAGCUACCCUAAAUCUGCGAUUCCUACAUUCGCAUUCCAAAAGACAGCAGCCGUCACCGAUGAGUGGGCUGCCAAGACCACCGCCGAGUUGCGGACAAUCGCUGAAACAUACAUGUCCCGAAGUCGGGGUUGCCUGGAGGGCGCUGUUCGCUACCUCUUGGGAGAGAGCAGCUUGGAGGAAAGCAUUGCAUGGAUUCUUGGGGAGACUGGCGACAAUCUCAAGUCCCCUGUCAAUGGUGAGCUGGAAGGGGAAUCUAGCGACGAAGACGAAGUCGGCAUGACCCAGAGCCAAGAGCUAGGGAUGAGUUCUGAGCUCCUCCGCCCGGUCAAUGCCAAUGUUAUGGUCCCCGUGGCCAAGGCAUGCGGAGCUUUAUGGGCAAAUGAUGGCCGUCUCAUAUGCUUCUUUCCACCAAAACCGAAGAAAGACAAAUCAGCGGAAUUGUUUGAGAACAUGGGCUUCAGAGAGAUGACCAGAUGGUCCCGAGGCGACAAGGUUUUUGAAGGCUUUGGCCGCCUACAAACCAACUCUCCUGGCCCACGCGGCAAGGGCACAAUAACCAGCACAGAAGAUGGGGCCUCGUCUGAUUCAGAUGAAUCUUACUCGGACACCUCAAGCUCGUCAGGCUCGUCGGACAUUCUUUCUGGGCUACCGACGCGUUUCCCUGCACCUCAAACGUGGCGCAGUGCCGGCAGCUAUGGACUCCACCGCCCAAGAUCAACGGAUAAUUCCCAGCGAUCAACUGGAGGUGUUGGAACUGUCAAAUCCGAAGCCCCGCAAAAUAUCGUAUCUAUCCACAAUUUGAGUGAUAUGCUGCCAGUCAAGCGGGAGUUGGCUUCUAACUACCGCAUCUGUGGUAAAGGUACAGAUGUAUGUGCCCAUAACGCCGCUGUUGCCCUUGAUGCUGGCUGUUAUGAAUUGGCCCAAAUCUGGGGUCUGAUUAAGUUGGUUUUACAUGUUAGAAAGAACCCCGGGACCUUGCCCGAGUCAGACUUGCUGCAAAGACGCAUGCAGAGAAAAGGUGGCAGGAUUGGUGGCCUUGGAAGAGAUGGGAUGUAUAGAGACAUGGGUGGUAGUAUAAUUCGCUGGGGGGACCACCCUCUUGGUAGCCAUUGGCUUAUACCUGCUCUUUUUGAGCAUUUUGAGCGCAUCGGAGACGUACAAAUGGUAGCGAUGCUUUCUUGUGUGCUUCUCGAAGCCAAUCAAGAAGGGGCCUUGGAGAACCAACCAGUUAAGAAAAAGCCCGGGAAACAAGAAUUCUCAUUGGAUUUUUCUUCAGGCACACCGGCGAUUCAAAGCAAGCCGCUGGCAGUGACAUCUGCUCCGUCUGUCCCGAAAGAGGUUCAGACCAUGUCCACUGCCCAAACAUCAGCACGGUCGUCCAGUGAAAUCUGGCGCCUCGAUUCUACUCCUCCACAUUCCACAGGCACUACGCCUCCAUUCAUGUCCCGUCCACGGGGCAUCGCUGCUGACCGAAAGUCUCUGAGCCACAAUGUCUCCAUGACUGCGUCGCCCGACCAGCAGUCACAGCCACGGAGUGGAUCCGGAUUUGGGUCGGUGUUGGCAUCGUCAUUGUCUCGUUCGUUUACCUUCGGGCCGUCUUCGGCAUCACCGCCGAUGACUAGGAUGGACAAGAAGAAGCAAACGCCCCAGGAUAGCCCGAGCGUGGCUACCGGGCAAGCAUCGCAAGUCCAAUCCGACACUGAAAGUGACCAUGCACCCGAACCUGCACCACCACCUGCAAGAUUCAAGGUCACAUUCAAGAAUCAGAGUGCAUUCAAGAGCGACGAGCCAGCGCAAGAUCCCCUUCUUGAUCGCAAUAAAGAAUGGCUGUAUCGGUCAUAUCGCGCUGCAUAUGCUGACUUACUGGCAAUUUGGGAUCUUCCCGUCCAGCAAAGCGAAGUCAUGAAGAUUGGAGCCGUGGCUAACCGAGUGGACGACAUGAACUCAAGCCAUUACUGGAACAGCACCAGCACCAGCACCAAUGACACUUCUCUCAAAGGUCCACAGCCAGACUCCACCCCCAGGCCCUGGACUUCCAGCGCCAUUGCGCCAGCUGCGGCCAUGCCCUGCAGCUAUCCAUCUUCAACAAACACCCCGUGGCACCAGACACCUCCUCCAAGCGACAUCGGCGCAAGUCGUCCGGCCGGCGCUGCCCCAACUGCAAACCCCGACAAGCCCUCCCAACCAAACUCCCCUGCGUCAUCUGCGGCGAGCUGUUUCGACUGCCACCAGCUCUGGUUCCUGCGACCACCAGACUCCUUCAACAUCCCACCAGACCACCCAGACCAGACAAAGGCCCUCCCAACUUGCCCGACCGGAUGCGGCUGUCAAUGCUCCGAUCACAUCGCCGUCGAUGUCCCAAUGCCUUCAUGGGAAACUGCACCUCCAAGUCCUAGGUCAUCGCCACCAGCUCCCCAUCCCGCAAUUGCGCAGGCGAAAAGUUCUCGUCGACAGUCUGAGCCUUUUGGUCUCGGCCCCGGCCGUAAGCAGUCGUUACAACCUAAGGGCCUUGCCCAGGUCGAAGACGACUUGGACGUGUGGCAGGACUCGUCGCCGUUUGCUUCCUUGGCUAGGGGUCUUGGGGGUGGGCUGAGUCGUGGGCUGCGGACUAAAGAUGAGCGCAAGAAGAAUAAACCUGGUGUUGUGGCUCUCAAUGUGAAGAAAUCUUGA